AUGGAGGAGAAGCAUCAACCCCCUGCUGAGGUCGAUGAUGACGAAGAAUACACUGUUGCAGAGCAAAGAAAGAUCAUACACAAGAUUGAUCGCCGGCUAUUGAUCAUUCUUGGCCUGAUGCAAGCAGUCUCUUUCCUGGACCGCGCCAAUAUGAGCAAUGCUGCCAUUGCCGGCAUGACCAAAGAUCUUGGACUCAAGAAGAGCAAUCGAUAUUCCAUCACCCUCCUAGUAUUCUUUGCACCAUACAUUAUCCUCCAGUUUCCUGCCUCAGCUGUCGUCCGUAAAUUGGGACCCCGAGUCUUCUUGUCGUCAAUUGUAACCGCAUGGGGCAUCGUCAUGAUAGGUUUUGGCUUCGUCCAAAACUGGAAAUCACUAAUCGCAUUGCGCAUGCUGCUCGGAGCACUUGAAGCAGGUUGCUUCCCGGGCCAGUAUUAUCUAAUCUCUUCGUGGUACUCUCGUUUCGACCUGCACAAACGCACUUCGGUGUUCUACCUGAUUGGUGUUCUGGGCUCCGCUUUUGGCGGGGUGUUGGGACUUGCCUUCAGUCAAAUGAAGGGUCUCGAGGGUUACAAUGGAUGGAGAUGGAUCUUCAUCAUGGAGGGCAUUUUGACUUGCAUCGUUGGCCUAGUCGGCUUCGUCUUUAUGGUGGAUUUCCCUGAAUCUGCUCAUAAAUCUUGGAAGUUUCUCAGCGAAAAGGAGGCACAAUUCGUUGUACGACGAAUCAAUCGUGACAGACAGGAUGGAGAGCCUGAGAACUUUGCUUUCAGAAAGUUCUUGAAGCCAGCUCUAGAUCCCAAGGUUUGGGCAUUUGCACUCCUCUUCUUCUGCUCUACCAUUCAAGCUUAUUCGGUCGGGUUCUUUCUACCUAUAAUUCUUGAGGACGAGAUCGGCUUCGCAGUCCCAGUCGCGCAAGCGCUAUCGUCACCCCCGUAUCUACUCGCCAUGCUGCUCAUGUUCAUCGAAGGUUGGCUUUGCGACAAGUAUCGCCUACGUGCCCCUUGCUUGUACUUCAACGCAAUCCUUUCCAUUGUGGGUCUGUGUCUGAUGGCCUUCACGUCGAUUCCCGGUCCACAAUAUCUGGGCGCUUUAUUCGUCACCGCCGGAGCAAGUGCCAACCUUCCCGCUGUCAUGGUUUACCAAGCCAAUAACAUCCGUGGCCCAUGGAAGCGUGCAUUCUGUAGCGCAAGUAUGAUCAGUUUUGGCGGGACAGGCGGCAUCGCCGGGUCUCUGGUAUUCCGGGCUCAAGAUGCACCACAUUACUUUCCAGGUAUUGCAGCGUGUCUGACAGCUAAUGGAGUCAUCUUAAUCACUACCACGGCUUUGACAGCCUGGUUUCUGUUCUGCAAUCGUAAGGCAGCUAGGGGUGAGAUGAUGAUAGAAGGGUUGGCCAGCUUCAGGUAUACGAUAUAGUGGUGAAUUUACUUGGGUGGUACUCUGCAGUAGUCUGUGUUACCCGUGGGCCGUCUCUCCGCUGUUUCUUUCACUGCUUGGUGGAUCGCGGGAGCAGACAUUGCAGGGUGUGAUACAUUUUCUUUGACAUUGCAGCAUCAAGUCAUGUACAUGUAUCGCUAUCCCAGUCAUCACCAAUCAAGACCUACUCAAGCGUGUUGCUGAACAUCAUCGGCUGGUGAUGCUAGCAAACCUGACCAAUG